UUUCGAGCUGUGCUGUGUUGUGUGAUGUUCACAGGUUGUAGGAAGGAUUAAGCCAGGCCUUGCAAUCAUAAAAAUGGAUUCUGAUCGCAAUUGUUAGCUACAAUUAAAUUUCAAAUGAGACGCAUUUGAAACUAAUUAUGUCAGCGCUAAAAUAUAAUGGCUCAGGUUGAAGCGUACACCUGGCACACUGUCACACACAUAUUUUACUACUUGAUGAACUGCUGCAGCCUUUAAAACUUUCUGCGCCGGGCUCAUGGCUACCCAUGUACAACUGUUGGUUACUUUAACCCUUUUCAUAGGGAGCAGUCACUCAAGGGACAUUAUUCCCAGGUGGCCUGCUGACUUCGGCCGUGUGGCUACUGAACCAAGAAAUGACCCUGACUUCUCCGACUUUGAUAAUAGAGAAGAAUUGGAGAGUCGCUCAGGGCGCCGACAUGAGAGUCGCAGAUACCAACCUAAUAUGCACCCUUUUCAACAACCUGCACAACAAGACGAUGUACAGUUGUCACCUUCAUAUAAAAACGAUUUUGAGGAAGUUGCCGGGUGGCCUCAAUCGCAGUUAAAACUUGGCCAGAUCUCUGCCGUCACAUUUGACACGUCAGGAAACGUUGUUAUAUUCCACAGAGGAGACCACGUUUGGGAUGCAACGACUUUUGACAACUCUGACACGUAUCUGAAGAAAAACGAAGGGCCAAUUGAAAAAAAUACAAUCAUCACUCUCAACCCUGACUCUGGUCAGGUCAUCCACCAAUGGGGCGCCAAUUUAUUUUUUAUUCCCCACGGAAUUACUAUCGAUAGCAGUGGGAAUGUAUUUCUGACAGACGUGGCUCUGCACCAAGUCUUCAAGUUCCCACCCCGUGGAGGCCAAGGGAAACCCUUGAUGGUGCUUGGCACUAGGUUUGAACACGGUGCCGACCGAAACCACUUUUGCAAGCCAACAGCAGUCGCCGUCACCAAAUCUGGAGACUUCUUUGUUGCCGACGGCUACUGCAACCACCGCGUCAUUAAAUUCAACAGCAAGGGCGAAUUUUUGAUGCAAUUUGGACAAAGAGCUCACACUCUAGAUCCAGACCAAAUGAAACCACUGCCACCUUCAGCAUUCUCUAUUCCACAUGCUCUAGCACUUAUUGAGGAUAAGAAUUUGAUAAGUGUUGCUGACCGAGAAAAUGGAAGAAUCCAGAUAUUCAGAAUUAACAAUGGAUCUUUUGCUGGACAAAUCAAACUGCGAGAGUUUGGCCGGCGCCUAUUUAGCAUCGCUUACACCCCUUUGCAAGGGGGAAUGCUGUUCGCUGUCAACGGACCUGACUUUUACGACGCGAGCAUCCCUGUGCGAGGCUUUGCGAUAGGAAUAUCUAGUCGGCAAGUCGUUUCCACUUUUGGGAAUUUCAAAAAUCCACACGACCUAACUGUGUCCUAUGACGGUCGCGAAGUAUACGUGGCGGAAAUCGACCCUUACAAAAUAACUAAAUUUAUCGACAAAAGUAGUGGUAAUGCUACUAUCCAGAGAGUCGAAUCCCCUGCUGUUGUUGAAGAUAAAGCACCACCAGCAGUUGAAAUAACCGAGUCUCCGCGACAGUUUCUGCCCAUGAUUGAAGAGUCGCCACAUGUGCUUCCACAAAGUGUGGAAGCCCUUAUUGUGGUCGCAGCCCUUGUGUCCAUCAGCAUGGUUGCUGUGAUAUUUGUCUUGGUCAGGAGGAGAGGAAGAGGGCCCUGUUGCUACUGGUUCUGCAAUAAAAAAUGGCAUGUUGGACGAACACCUACAGAAACCUUCAAACUCGGCCACCUGCUGGACCCCCACUCUGGAUUUGAGUUGGUUGGCCAGGAAAUGAGUGAUGAAGAAAUUGACGACGAAUCGGACCCACUAUCAAACUCUUUUGCGACAAAAGCCUAAUUUUUACACUCUUAAUCUAAGCGCACAAUGUGGCUCCUUCCACCAUUCACUGCAUUUAUUUUUAAAUAGUUAAAAACAUUCUUGUCACUGUGUACUUAAAAAAUGUUUUAUUUCCUUUCAUGAGCUUAAGUUUUGUCAGGAUUUUAAUUUGUGCACGCAACUUGUAAAUAUUAUCAUCUAUGGUGAUUCAUAUCAAUGAAUGAUGCUGUGUCUAGUAAAAUUGAUGUAACUGUUCAAAUCUGAUAUCAAAUAAUAACUUAUUUACUAACCGGUAAUUAUUGCUGUAUAAAUAUAUCUGAAUUGCAAAUAAAUCCUGUUUUAUUUGCAAUCAAAUUAAAUGGUGGACUAAAAUUUGUUACAUCAGCAACUUAACUGGUUUGUUGGACAGUCUACUUUUCCCAGGGUCUUGGUCCUCGUUUGUUUUCCCAAUGAUCAAUGUCAAUCUGAAAAAGGGUUUCAAAUUAAAAUCGCAAAAUUG